AUGGGUCCUCUUCCUUCAGAGCGUGUUACACAAGCACCUCCCUUUUCUCAUACUGGCGUAGCCUUCAUGGGUCCGAUUAUGGUCAAGUCUUCAUCCUGA